UCUCCACAAUCAUUUCACAGCAACAGAGGAAGCAGCAGCGCGGCGUGUUCCGUCCGUGGAUGAGGACGAUGAGACUCGUUUGAAAACAGAACAAAAGUGGAUUUUACUGUGAAUAUACUUACUGGGUUUUCCACACAUCGAGAUCGAGAGAAAAGUUGAUGUUAUGAUGAGAGCGUGAGCUGGUUCACAGCUGAUUAAUUUUAACGCUUCGGAAAGUGCUCAGCAGAUCUAAAGAGAGUGUAAUAACACAAAACAACAUGGCGUCCACCGAAGAGCCGUCUGGCACGGUCCUGCACCGACUCAUCCAGGAGCAGCUACGCUACGGAAACCCCACGGACACCCGUACCUUGUUAGCCAUCCAGCAGCAGGCUCUGCGUGGAGGCAGUGGGAGCAACAGUGGACCCAGCAGUGGAGGAGACAUGGGCAGGAGUCCACGAUCCUCUCUGGAGAGUCUCAACCAGGAGGACCCUAUGUUCCCCCAGCUCUCUGCGAGGCAGGAGCCUCAGGGCCAGGAGCACCAGGGAGACUACCACCACUCAGAAAGUGGUUAUCAGCUCUACCAGCUGCACGGAGAGGAGCUGCCAACCUAUGAGGAGGCCAAAGCACAAUCUCAGUAUCUUGCCUCUCACUGGACCUCCACGGGCCCAAUCAGGCAACUCCAUGAAGGGAAGCUCCUUCAUGAGGGGGUCUUCCACGAGGAGGCAGAUAUGGUGGAGCCCAAGUGCAGCCAUGUGCGGUCGCUCAGUGAGCAUCGUAUGCAGAUAUCUCUGGAGAGGAACGAUGCAGCCUUUAAAGCAGAGGCACUAAACAGCACCUCGCACAGUUACCCCGAGCUGCCUUACUACAGCCCACCAACCCACCAGAGCACAGGGCUGAGUUUGGACAAACAUAGCCCCCCUCCAGAGUACUCAGUCCCUGUUCAGGGUCAAGGAUUUAUCCCCCACCAGAUCCAGGAGCCAGUGCAGGCACAGCAGCACAGGUAUGUACAGUCAGGUCAGCCGGCUGAAGUCUCCUGCUACACGUUCUCCAGCCUGCCACCUGCUGGUUUGGAGGAGCCCAACCAGGUGGAACUGCUGCUGAUGGAGAAUGAGAGGUUGAGGCAAGAGCUGGAGGCACACAAGGAGAAAAGUGGCCGUAUUGAGAAGCUGGAGCAGGAGAUCCAGCGAAUUUCCGAGGCCUAUGAGACACUGAUGCAGGGCAGCAGUAAGAGAGAGAACCUCGAGCAGACACUGAGGAGGCGGCUUGUGUCUGAGAUCAGGAGGCUGCAGGAUUUCAACAGAGACCUCAGAGAAAACCUGGAAAAUGCCAGGACGCAUGUUGCAAAAGAAGUUCAAGCAGCCGACCAUAAUCAGCACAUCAUGGCCAAACUCCUUGAACAGAAUGAGGAGCAGAACUUCGAGCGGGAGCGCGCAGAGCGAGAGCUGCAGCGCUUGCGAACCACGGCGGAGGAGCAGAGCCUCAGGGCCAAGCGACUUGAGGAGGCCUUGGAGGCGGCUCGAGGACGAGGCCGUCAGCUUGAGGAGGAGUUGAGGAGGAAGAGAGCAUAUGUGGAGAAGGUGGAGAGGCUUCAGAGUGCUUUGGCUCAGCUACAGUCCACCUGUGAGAAGAGGGAGAGUCUUGAGAUGAAGCUGAGGACACGACUUGAGCAGGAGCUGAAGAGUCUGAGGGCGCAACAGAGGCAAACCCAGCCACCAGGAGUGACCAUGAGCUCCCUCCAAGAGCGUCUGCGUGAGCGGGAGGAGCGAAUCCUAGCACUUGAGGCCGACAUGGUGCGCUGGGAGCAGAAGUACUUGGAGGAAAGCACCAUGAGGCAGUUUGCCAUGGAGGUGGCUGCCACUGCUGCUGCGCAGAGAGACACCACCAUCAUUAACCACUCCCCCUGCCACUCCUCUAACAACAGUUUCAACGAAGACCUGCCAGUUGCUGACUACAGGAAUCAAGAGAUGGAGAACAGGAUCCGUGCUCUUUACGCUCAGAUCUUAGAAAAGGACGCAGUGAUCAAGAUCCUCAACCAGCGGUUGCAUCAGGACCAGGGGCGGAAGGAUGAGCAGAAUCCCCGAACAAGUCACCUGAACAUAGCGGGGGCACCUCUCCGACCGGCCUCUUCCACUCCCUCCAUCUGCACCUUCAAGAGUAACACAAAGACUAGAGGUAAGAGUCUUUCCGAUGAUCAGACUUUGCCAAACCGUCAGUUCUCUGCUCAAUCCGAACCUGGAACAUUAGAGCGGCACACGGAGGGAACCAACCCCAAAGAGGCCACCGGCACAACUAAGCUCCACAGUGACAAGGCAGCUCCUAAGAAGUUGCUAUUAGACCCUUUCAGAGGCCUGGAAGAGCUGGAGUCGGAGGCAGUGGAGAUCUUCAUUUAAAAAGGACUGAGGAGUGGAUUUUAAAUGAGGGGUGAAAAGCAAUUCUGAGAAUCUGUGAAGAGUGUCUUUGCAUAGUGAAUGGAAGAAAAUAUUGGAUGCAAGAAUGUUUGUGGAAAGAGGCCAAAGCACGAAAAAAAGGACUGUUUUCACUUUCAAGAGACAGAGCUGUGCUCCGACACAUUUACUCUCACUAAGCUAAGGCAGCUGCAGGCAGUCUGCCCGGGCUGAGGGAGAGAACGAUGAAUCUUCUGAGGUACUUGGACAGUAUUGUGGAUUGUAAUAGGGCAACAUGUUCUCAGAAGGUGUAUGCCGGAAUAUUUAUACAAAUAUAUAUAUUGAUAUAGAUAUAUUAUUGCUGCUCCCCUUGUAUAUUCCCUCUUUAUCUCUCCCCCCCCAAGUCUGGUGAAUUAAGAAGCUACCUAUUUAUCUUAUCUGGUUUCAACAUUCCCCAGAUAUUAAGCCUCCUCAUGUUCUUCUAGAUAAAUACUCAAUAAAAGAUAAUCUAUGUGACCUGCGGUCCCCCUCCUCUCCAGAAAAUGUUAAUCUGAAAAAAAAAAAAACCUCAUUCCCAUCACAUGGGUGUUAUCUGUUUUUGCAGACUUUCCUUUGCUCAAUAAUUUAAGCUGAUAACUCAUGAAACACUGCUGAUUUUAAAUACGCUCUUGCUGUCCACACUCAUUCAGCCCGAGUAGCUGGUUCAACAAAGGCUUUGGAAGGGUGUGAACAAUCGAGAUACAAAAUAUAUUUGGUAUGUUGUUGCCAAACUGACACAGACCUGGUGUUGUUUGUAAUAUUGGGAGGGUGUAGCGUCAUGGUGUUGAUUUCAUCAUCUUUUUUUUAAUUUUUAUUUUAUUGACUUUUUCCUUCUCAGAGUCUGUUUGCAUGUGUGAUUACAGUAUGUGAGUGUGUUUCCUGACGUGGUGAUUCUGCUGGUUUGGUCACCACUGUAGGAUGAAAGUUGAAAACUGCAUCGUGUUGGUUUUGUGUUUGCUGUUAGUUUCAAACUAACACACAGGUUAAUUAUUAUCAUUAUUAUUAUUAUUAUUAUUAUUAUUAUUGUUAUUAUUAUUAUUAAUAUUAUUUACUGUUAUUAUAUAUUUUAUACAGAUGUCUGUAUUGUUGUUUUAGAUAUUAUAGUGCUUUAAGAGAGACGCCAAAGAGUUUAUGUUUGUAUUGUUUGAUGUAAGUUAUGUGCGGACAAUCAUGGUCAUGUCAAGCUGUUCCCAACCAACCGAGUGUUGACUUCAAACAGGCAUUUCUGUGAACUUCAAACAGUAUGAAGGUUUUUACAGUUGAAUUCAUGCAACAUUUCAUAAAGCAAUAAAAUAUUCUAAUAUACCA